UUUAAAUGUCGAGGUCAAGCGAUAGCCUGACACUGGAAAAUUCAUUGAACGCUUUUGAAAGCGAAGAGAUACUUCAAGCUUUAGCAGUUGCUGGACUACUGAGUCAAGAGAAGCUUUAUCUGGAGCUUACAAACGAAGCCGUAAAUUUCGCGAGAAAAGAAAAGUUUAGUUUUUCGCAGUUAUGCGCACUCGUUUCGAUAAUUAACAGGGUGUUGAAAGAACUUUCGAGUUCUCCAUACGACGACAUACAGAAUGUCCUAGAUGUAUCGGACAAAAUUAUGAUGAGUUACUCUAUCCAGAGGCCACCCCACUGCAUUGAGUUAUUUUCGAUCGCUGAUUCUUUAAAAUGCGUUGAAUUUCUCGUGGACUCAUUGUUUAGACAUUGGAGACUUUACAAGUUCGCUUUAGCUCCAACAGCACGCCUUUUACCUCAGCUCAUUUACGAUACAAAAGAUUGUGAAUCGGAAAUUGUCGACUUGAAACCAUCAGGUAAAAUGAAAACGUGUUGAACCGAGUUAACGCCAUUUUACUUUCUAGGAACCGAUUUAUUAUACUCAAUUUUAAAAUAUGCACUCGAAGAUCAAAUUGAAGUCAACAAACAUUAAAAUCAAAUCGGUAAUUGAUUUGUGACAAAUUGUUCUAAGAGGUAUCCUCUUAAUUCUUACAUGUGAUACGUUACGUAAUCAACAAAGCGAACUUACGAAAACACUUACUGUUAAUAAAUGACUACAUACACAUCACGCCUACUUCUUCGGAAUCGGUUGAUUAUACUGGUAAAAGUGCCAAACUUACGUAGAAAGUAUGUAUAAAACUAAACUAUGUUGUAUUUCAUGAAACGAUUUCUAUGACUACUAUGAUUAAGAAGCUAAAACAACGUGUAUGCACUACUUUAAACGAAAAUGAUUUGCUUUGCUCCUAAAAGCCGGUCAAAAUCAUCUGGUGAAAUAGUUUAGUAUAAUUUAUGACAUCAGUUACUACUACUUGGUUAACACACUAAAUACAGUUUAACAAAGCAACGACGACUAUAAUAGCUUGGCAAUAAUAAUCCUUAUAAUAGUGUCUAGAUGGAUGUUUAAAUAUUCAUUGGGAAAUGAGUUUGCU